AUGGCAGACCAACAUGAGGUUGAUCUCGAUUCUAUAAUCGACAGGCUACUCGAGGUGCGAGGCAGCCGCCCAGGCAAGCAGGUCCAGCUCCUCGAGGCCGAGAUCCGUUAUCUCUGCACCAAGGCCCGCGAGAUCUUCAUCUCCCAGCCCAUCCUCCUCGAGCUCGAGGCCCCUAUCAAGAUCUGCGGUGAUAUCCACGGACAGUACUACGAUCUCCUCCGACUCUUCGAGUACGGUGGCUUCCCUCCCGAGGCCAACUACCUCUUCCUCGGUGACUAUGUCGACCGAGGUAAGCAGUCCCUCGAGACCAUCUGCUUGCUCCUCGCCUACAAGAUCAAGUACCCCGAGAACUUCUUCAUUCUGCGAGGUAACCACGAGUGUGCUUCCAUCAACCGUAUCUAUGGCUUCUACGACGAGUGCAAGCGUCGCUAUAACAUUAAGCUCUGGAAGACCUUUACCGAUUGCUUCAACUGCCUUCCCAUCGCUGCUAUCAUCGACGAGAAGAUUUUCACCAUGCACGGCGGUCUGAGCCCCGAUCUCAACUCUAUGGAGCAGAUCCGCCGUGUGAUGCGUCCCACUGACAUUCCUGACUGCGGUCUCCUGUGCGAUCUUCUCUGGUCGGAUCCUGACAAGGACAUUACUGGUUGGAGCGAAAACGAUCGUGGUGUCUCAUUCACAUUCGGCCCUGAUGUCGUUUCUCGCUUCCUCCAGAAACACGACAUGGAUCUCAUCUGCCGAGCCCACCAGGUUGUCGAGGACGGCUACGAAUUCUUCUCCAAGCGUCAACUGGUCACCCUGUUCAGUGCGCCCAACUACUGCGGUGAAUUCGACAACGCCGGUGCUAUGAUGAGCGUGGACGAGAGCUUGCUCUGUUCAUUCCAAAUCUUGAAACCCGCCGAGAAGAAGCAAAAGUUCGGCCGACGUUAGACGACGACAUCCUCGAACGAUGUGGAUGACCGACCACCGCGACGAAGAACGAACGACUUGACUCGAGACCCGUCUCGAUCGAAGCGCACCCCCAAUCUCCGCCGUCUCGCAGCUCGCCUUGCCACUGAGCGUGGCAGGGAACGUUGGGUCACUGGGAGGGUGUCGGAACUGAAAAGGCGCCGGUCCGCGGCGCUGACUUUUGCGAAACCCGAAUCGUCUCUAAUGCCUCUAUGCGAACUUGAUAACGACAAACGGCUGUUUCUUAGCUCACAGAUAAAACAUUGACAUAACUUGUUUUUUUUGAGUUGCUCACAGUUCUCGGAUCCCAUGCACAAUCCACAGGGCAGGCGUCAUGGUGCCAUAUAUGUCUGUCGCGCGUAGGCCGGCCCGUGGAUGAAUGCAGUUCGGGAGACUGACUUUUCUCAACCUUUUUUUGUGAUGACGAGAACAACGGUUCUUGACUGGGAGCGAUCGAUGGUUACGUACGACACAUUCCACGGACGAACUCUAGUGGUCAUAUUUCCUUUUCGUUGCUUGACGACACCCAUGUAUAAGUUUGUGUUUGGCUGGGGAAGGGCAGGACGGAGCAGAGAGCGUUGCCGGAUUUUUUUCAAGGAGGCAUGAUGGAGCUUGGAGAGGUGUGGGGACACGAUGUUAGAACAAAUGUUUAUUUCAUGACAAGCCUUGAUGGU